AUGAAGUACUCGUACUCCUGCACCGAGGGGGAGAACCGGCAGCUCUGGUCCUCGGGGCAUCACCUCAAGUCGUGCCGGGACGUGGCCUUCUCCCAGGACGGGCAGAAGCUUUUCACUGUGUCCAAGGACAAGUCCAUCCACAUCCUGACGGUGGAGGAGGGACGGCUGGAAACGCGCCUCCCCAAGGCCCACAGCUCAGCUCUCAACUGCGUGCUGCCCAUCGACAACCACGUCUUUGCCACGGGCGACGAUGGCGGGGGGCUGAAGGUGUGGGACCUGCGCAAGGGGGACGCCAUCCUGGAGGCCCGUCAGCAGGAGGAGUACAUCAGCGCGAUGGCCGUGGACGGUAACGGGAAGAUCCUGCUGACCGCCAGCGGUGAUGGCACCCUGGGCGUCUUCAAUGUGAAGAGACGGCGCUUUGAGCUGCUCUCGGAGCCGCAGAACGGGGACCUGACAUCUGUCGUGCUGCUGAAGAGGGGGAAGAAAGUGGCGUGUGGCUCCAGUGAAGGCACCAUCUACCUCUUCAACUGGGACGGCUUCGGGGCUGCCAGCGACCGCUUCGCUCUGAGGGCCGAGUCUGUUGACUGCAUGGUCCCCAUCACGGACAGCAUCGUAUGCGUGGGGUCCCUGGACGGAGUCAUCAGGGCGGUGAACGUCCUGCCGAACCGGGUGCUGGGCUGCGUCGGGCAGCACCUUGGGGAGCCCAUCGAGCAGCUGGUGGUGGCCCCGGGUGGGCAGCUCCUGGCCAGCUGCGCCCACGACCAGAAGGUGAAGUUCUGGGACGUCUCCGCCCUGGGGGGGCUGGUGGUGGACGACUACCGAAAGAAGAAGAAGAAGGGGGGGCCGCUGCGGGCCCUCAGCGGCAAGGCGGCGGGCAGCGGGGAGGACUUCUUCGCCGAUCUGCGGGACGAGGCCGAGCCGGAGCUCCUCGAGCUCAAUGAGUGCUGGUGCUGCCGCUUCACUGCCUGCAUCGUUGCCUGCCUCUUCAACACCGUCAUGGCCAAGAAGAUCAUGGGCUUCACCUUCUGCAUGGAUGGGGGAAACAAGGUGGAGACCAUCAGCAGGAGGAUCAGGCAGCACUACUCCUUCACCACCACCAGCACCAUCGCUCAGCUGGACGUCCAGGCUCCUCCCGUGAAGAAGAUGAAGCAACGAUGGUUCUGUAGAAACAUCUUAAGAUAG